AUGGCUUAUGCGAGCCCCGGGACUGAUACGUCAACAGAACUCGAUACUGACGAGAAGAAUCAAAUGGGCAGCUUGUAUCCCUUUACAGCUUCUGAUUCUGGCAACAAAUCAAAGGAUAAGCUAGGUCAAAAGGCACUCCGCCGUCUGGCCCAAAACCGUGAAGCUGCUAGGAAAAGCCGUCUAAGAAAGAAGGCAUAUGUCAAGCAACUUGAGAACAGCAGGCUGAAACUUAGCCAGCUGGAACAGGAGCUCCAGCGUGCUCGCCAACAGGGCAUUUUUAUUCCUACUCCAGGAGACCAGCCUCAUUCUUCUAGUGAAAAUGGUGCUUUGGCAUUUGACACGGACUAUGCUCGGUGGCAAGACGAUCACAGUAAGCAGAUAAAUGAACUGAGGGCUGCACUCAAUGCACAUGCUAGUGACGAUGAUCUCCGGCGUAUUAUUGACAGCAUCAUGGCACAUUACCGCGAAGCUUUCAGGCUUAAGGGUGUAGCAGCCAAGGCAGAUGCUUUCCACGUGCUGCCAGGAAUGUGGAAGACCCCUGUCGAGAGGUGUUUUAUGUGGUUAGGUGGACUUCGACCGUCAGAGCUUCUAAAGUUGCUUGCAAGUCAUCUGGAACCCCUUACUGAACAGCAGCUUGCAAGUAUAUACAGCCUGCAACAGUCCUCGCAACAAGCUGAAGAGGACCUUUCGCAGGGGGUGAGAGCACUGCAACAGUCGGUCGCAGAAACCCUUGCAUCAGGAUCCCUGUAUCCUGCUGGUUCUUCUGGUAACGUUGCAGAUUGCUCGGGGCAGAUGGCAGAUAGCAGCGGCAGUUGGGAAGCUUGGCACUCUAGAAAGCUUCCUACAGGAGGCUGA